AGUCUGGUUAAUUAUGGAAAUUCAGCCGCCUGUAGGGUGGUACAUUAUUAUUACUGUGGUGGGCGUGUACGAACACUUCGCUGCUAGCUAGAAUGACAAAUAACGUUUAUGGCUACAGUAAGCUAAAAAAUUUUUCUUCGUCUGACUGACUGUCGCUUGGUAGCAUAAACUCUAAUGAGGUUUAGAGGAAAAUAAACCGUUUUGAGACUCUUUUACAGACUCAGCCCUGCAUUCUAGCAAGCUAGUUAAUCCUUAAAUUACCAAAAGCUUUGGCAUACUGGACUGAGACUAACGGGCAACAGCGGUGAUUCAGCGUGCUAGCUAGUGAGAAAAAUCUUGAGAGCCUCCACAUCCAGCCUAACAUCCAUUGAUGUUAGCGUAUGAGUAUCGCUUUCGCAUUUCGCCAGCGUUGUUAAUCGCCGCGUUUCUAUCUACCAAGAUGUACGGGAUGUCGGGAUGACAGGAAGAUGGCAAACGGCGUUGGAAAACACAAGCUGCUCGUCAUUGGACCAACAGAACCAUGGUCAGUGAGGGAGAAGCUGUGUUUGGCCACAUCUGUCAUGAAGAGUGGAGACCAGAACUGGGUAUCGGUGAGUCGAGCCAUCAAACCAUUUGCAGAACCUGGGCGACCACCUGACUGGUUCUCUCAAAAGCACUGUGCCUCCAAAUACUCAGAGCUCCUGGAAGCAACGGAGGCCCCAAAGCGGAAGCGUGGUGAGAAAGGUGAGGUGGUGGAGACAGUGGAGGAUGUGAUUGUUCGCAGACUGACGGCUGAGAGGAUCGAGGAGCUUAAGAAGCUGAUCAAAGAAACGCAGGAGAAGCACCGGAAGCUGAAGAGAGAGGCUGAACUGAUUCAAGCAGGACAUCUGGAUUCCAAACUGAAAGAGCUAUGGGAGGAAAUUCUGCAGAAGAAGAAAGUGGAGGAGGAGGAAGCAGAGUUGAAAAGAAAAAACACAGACGCUGCUUAUCAAGCCAGACAGGUGGCAAAGAACACACCCAAGCGGAUGCCCAGUGUCACCAUGCAUUCCUCAGGCUGUAGCUCCCCAAGCCAGGAGUUCUCCCCAGGUGACCCACUCGAGUGCUUGACACUGGAUCUUACAUCUACAAAAAACGCUUCAGGAACAACCAGGUUAAUGACAUUUGCUGAGCCUGCUGGAAAUGAUGACAUCAGCCAUGGGUCCCUGCUAGAGGACCCCACCCAAAAGAAGUUACUGUGUCAGAAAGCCACACCACCACCUUCUCCCCUCCUGUCAGAAUUACUGAAGAAAGGCAGUAUACUGGCCACAAAUUCCAGACUGAUUGCAGACGGUGACGUGUCUGCUGGUAAUAUGACAGGAGCACAUGACUUGCAGCUAGCUCCACCUUGUCAGCCUCUCUCUCAGGCAGCAGGUGCCCCGAUGUUGUCCCGUCUCCUGGAGGCAGGCCCUACCCAGUUUUCUCCUCCAUUAGGUUUUAUGGUUAGUGCAGACUCCGCCUCCAGCAUUCCUCUCUCUGCUGCCACUCCUGUUCCUGUUGACUCUAACGUCUCAGCAAGUACAGAGGUGGAUGUGAUGGUGCCAUCUGUGCCCCCUGGAUGCCAGCCUAUCUCCUCUACAGUAGAAGAUAAGGUGUCAGAGCUCAGUGAGGAUGAUGUGACUGUGUCCUACAUGGGAGAUGAGCUGGACCUGAAGACAGUGGGGGACAUCAUCGCCAUCAUUGAAGAGAAGGCUGAUGAAGCUGCUGAUGCUUUGGAUGCAGCUGCAGUUGAGGCUGCUCUGUCCCUUUGUGAGGAAAAUGGCCAUGCUCUGUCUGCUGCCUGGGAUGCUGGGCCUUUCCAGCCCCAUGAGCCACACAAUCCCACAGUGCGCACAGGGACUGUACAGUCUUCAUCACUUCACUGUAGCCUGGAGGAGAGGACAGAAUCUUCACUCUCUUCUCUGUGCAAUAGUCAAGAUAAUCAUCUUGUAGGAUUUCCUAUGGGACUGAGGAGCCUCCCUCCCUCUUCCUCAUCUGGAUGCGACUCAAAGAUUUUGGAGCACUACCGCAGUGGAAUGCCUCCACAGUCUGAGGCAGUGAAAGAAAUGAGAGAGGUGGUGCACCCGAAAAACCAAAUCUCAUCCAUGAAAUGUGAACAUGAAAAAUGGGCACAGCAAAUAACUGAAAAAAUCCAUGGAGACUCAGUAUUAGAAGAAUGCCCACUGACAGAAAGGCAUCCUAAGGAGAUGAAGAUGGAGGAUGGAAUAACUGUUGGGGGAGGAGAGAAGGCCUCGGGGACUAAUCUGAACAACAAAGUUAAUGGGCCAGAGGUGUGUGGAGAAGAAGUGGGUGAUGGGGUGGAAGAAUUCCUAUCGGAACCAGACGGCGAAACAGAGCUAGAACCCGCAGCUAGUGAGAGUGAGGAUGGAUACAGCCUCCAUACAGCUUCCUCUUCUCUGCAGCUCCACACAACUGCAGACUCCAUUCCCAGCAGCCCCGCUUCAUCGCAGUUCUCCGUGUGCAGUGAGGAUCUGGAAGCUCUACAGGCGCACAAAAUUUGGAAGAAAGCCAUUAUGCUUGUGUGGCGUGCAGCAGCCAAUCACAGGUAUGCAAAUGUCUUCCUUCAGCCAGUAACAGAAGAAAUUGCACCUGGAUACCACAGUAUUGUGCACAGGCCCAUGGACCUGGCCACUAUAAAGAAGAACAUCGAGAACGGUCUGAUCCGGACCACCGCCGAGUUCCAGAGGGACAUCAUGUUGAUGUUUCAGAAUGCAGUCAUGUACAACAGCCUGGACCACGACGUGUACCACAUGGCUCUGGAGAUGCAGCGUGACGUCUUGGAGCAGAUCCAACAGUUUCUAGCUACCCAGCUCAUCAUGGAGACAUCAGAAUCUGGUAUCAGCGCCAAGAGCCUGAGGGGUCGUGAGAACACGCGCAAACAGGACUCUACUGACAAGGUGCUUCACUAGAGUUUUGACAAAAGCAGAGUACAGAAGAAGAAAAAAGGGAUGGAGGCACCAGAGGGCGCCGUAGUGCCAUAGAAGCUGACCUCAAGAUGAAGAAAUGAAAAUAAAAGUAUGAAGAUCUUGUCCAGUGGUGUCCCUGCGAUGAAGUGAAAAGACUGAUCUUAUUGUCUCUCAGUUGCACAGAUUCUGGCUCUGCGUAUGGUGCAGUGUAACCUUUACUUGCACUCUAGAUUAAAAGGAUAGACUGCAAAUGGAGAUGCUAAUUUCUUCUGAGACUGCCAUACAGACAUGGAUUACAUAAGGUAUAAUCCCAGAUUACAGUGGGCACAUUCUGAAAGACUAGGUCAGACCUUUCAUAGAUGUAACUGCAGAUCACUCAGACAUAACCUGCCCUGAAGUUCUUGAGGAUGUAGAAAUUAUAUAUAUAAAAAAAAAUACUCCUGACUAACAGUUGGGCUGAAAUUGAGUUUACUGGGGUCGAAGUUGAUCCCCAGAUUAGUGCCAGAGGGUGAAAAGGCUGACCAGAGGGACACAUACUGAUUUCAAACAGAAACGUUUUCACUGCAGGUGAAAAACAAAUUUUAAAAGAUCUAAUUUUAAGACUUUCAUAUCCUUUUUUUUUCCAGUAUAACUGUAACGAUUGUGUUGAAUUUAUUUUAUCUACGAGACACUUCUGUGAAACAGUACCUAUAUGCAUAUUCUAAUACAUACUCAGUGCUUUUGAUUAAGUGUUACAUUUUGAAAGUGUUUUGUUUACUUUAAAAUCUGUAAAGAAAAAAAAAAGUUCAAACUGUUACGUUAUACUUGAAUUUGCACAAAAUGUUCCCACUGUGCCACCCCAAAACAUCACAGCAGUCACUGUUAGAGCCAAUCAAAAACUCCCAUGCAAAAUAUGUGUGCAGAAAUCAGUGAGAAUGGUUGGCUUUUUCUGUUUUUGUCAGUAAGAAAUUCCCCCUUUUUUUUUGUCGUGAGACUGACUUUUCAUGCAUCGUAAUUGAGUUUGGAAGCUUGCAGUUUUUUUUUCCAGGAUGGGGAAUCCACAGAGCCCUGUGCGCACACUGAAGGAGACGCAGCAUCUUUCACAGUGUUCCCAUCAAUGAUUAAGAUUUUGCUUUUCUUGAAUCAUGUUCAGUAUUAAUGACCCAAUGAAUAAAACUUAUAACUUUUACUGAGCCAGACCCAAGAUAUUUCCAGGUUUACCAGCUCACGAUGCCACUUUGUCCUCUUCCCUGUUAAAUAUGCAAAAGCAAACAACUUUUUGUGGAAUUCAAAGUACAAAGAUGGUCUCAGUUUGUAUGUUUGGUCUGCUAAAGAAGCGGGUUAUCUGAGAUAAAUGUUUACAGUGCUUUGAAAACAAAUUCAGGCCCCAUCACUUUUCCA